AUGCAACUAUCCCUCGCCGUAUUGGCUGCGGCUGUCAGUCAGGCCGUCGUUAGUACGGCUUCCACCUUAACACCGCCCGUGCUACCCUUGAUCGUGCGGAAUCCCUACCUUAGCACCUGGUUGGGAAAUGCUCGUGAGGCUCCUUGGGCCAAGUGGCCCAUGUUCUAUACUGGAGAGGAGGUUGGCCUUGCAUUGAUGGCCCACGUGCCCAGCCAGGGAAUCGUUUAUCCUCUACUUGGAAAGCCGCAGGAUUCUUUGGCUUCAAAUGCUGGGUAUCAAGUGCAAUACCCUGAUUACCUGGGACACAACUACGACGCCUCUACAACCAACUUUACGUAUCGUAUUGACACUGGUGCUGCGAAAACACUUGACAUCAUGGUCUCUUUUCUCUCGCCCAUCACGCCGACCUCGACUUUGCGACAGUCGAUUCCGGCUUCCUAUGUGACGAUCGACGUACAGGGCAACGUCGAUGUCAAUGUAUAUAUGGAUAUCGAUGGGCGAUGGGUAAGUGGAGACGGAGGUAGUCGUCUCAAUUGGCAGUGGGACGCGCUAGAGGUCGAGGAUGAAACGAACAACAAGAGCAACAACAAGAAACAAAAGUCCGGCCUUCAACGGUGGCAGAUUCGCCGAGAUUCAGAGCUUGACUUGUCUGAAAUCCGCGAUCGUGCCGAAUGGGGCACUCUGCAUUUCACUGGACCUGACGAUGUGUGGUAUGAGUCCGGAGAAGCAUCACAGGUGCGACGGCACUUUGCGAAAAGCGGAGCCUUGCGCAACUCGAACGAUGGUCAAUUACGAGCCAUUCGUGAUCGGUCGCCCGUCUUCGCUUUCUCCAAAUCCUUCAAGCUCGCUCAAUCAGAGCGGCACUCUCAAAGUGUCACAUUUACCGUGGCUCUUAUCCAGGUUCCUGUAGUUCAGUUUGCUGCUGCUCGUGGGCUCACUAUGAUGCGGCCUCUUUGGGAGUCAUGGUUCCCAUCUACCGAGCAGCUGCUGAACUUCCACUACAAUGACCACGCCGCAGCAAGUGCCUUGGCAUCCAACUACUCUGCGCAACUGGCCAAGGACGCUUAUCUCUCCGGAGCGGAGGACUAUGUAGACAUUGUUGCUCUCAGUGCACGACAGGUGAUGGGCGCCACCCAAUUCUCGGGCACCCCAGACGACCCUAUCCUGUUCCUGAAGGAGAUCUCUUCCAACGGGAAUUUCCAAACUAUUGAUGUUAUCUUCCCGUCAUUCCCGUUCUUCCUGUACACUAACCCUCGCUGGCUGGCGUACCUCCUGGAGCCACUGAUCGAGCACAUGCUCAGCGGACAAUACCCCAACACCUAUGCCAUGCACGACCUGGGCACCCACUUCCCCAACGCCACCGGCCACCCUGAUGGCAACGAUGAAUAUAUGCCCGUGGAGGAGUGUGGUAACAUCCUGAUCAUGGGCCUCGCCAUUGCCAAUUCGCUUCAGUACGAGGAUAGCUCCGAGGCCUCUUCCAUUUGGUCUGCACAGGGUGAGCCGAGAUCAAAGUUUUCGAUGCUGAACUCGGGUCUAUUCCCUCUCGAUGACCUCCAAGUCAUGUCCGGUAUUGGUUACCAAGACAGUAGAUGGGGCGGAGGUGUAGAAGGCCGGACUCUUGCGAAGAAAUGGGUGCGGCGAAGUUACCGCCUCUGGAAGCAAUGGACUGGCUACCUGGUCGAGUUCUCCUUGGAACCCGCUAACCAGCUGUCCACUGAUGACUUUGCUGGCUGGCUGGCGCUUCAAACCAACCUAGCUCUGAAGGGCAUCGUCGGCAUCAACGCCAUGAGCAAGCUAUCUGAGCUGAUCGGUGACAAAGAGGAUGCGUCUUACUUCAAGAAAACCGCCGACAAAUAUAUCGCCAAAUGGGAAGAGUUCGGCAUGUCGCGCGAUGGCUCCCACGCCAAAGUCGCCUACGACUGGUAUGGUUCCUGGACAACAAUCUACAACCUAUACGCGGACGCCCAGCUAUGCUUCCACCUAGACAACACAAACCACACCACCUCCUCCUCUCCAUCAUCCAACACCAAACCCCCCGGCUUCGUCCCACGACACAUCUACCAAAAGCAAUCAGUUUGGUACCACUACGUGCGCCAAAAAUACGGCCUCCCCCUCGACAGCCGCCACCUCUACACAAAAACAGACUGGGAAUUCUUCUCCAUGGCCGUGGCAUCCACGCCCGUGCGCACCGAGAUCCUCGAAUCCGUCGCGCGGUGGGUCAACGAAACGGUCACCGAUCGACCCUUCACGGACCUGCAUAAUACCGAAGGCGAUGGGAAUUUCCCGGGUCCGAAUUUUUUUGCCCGCCCUGUUAUUGGUGGGCAUUUUGCGUUUUUGGCGCUGGAGCGUGCGUGUGGGGGUCGGGCGAUGCCGGGAUUGUCGUUUCUGGACGAUGUUGAUGAGGAGACGUUGCGUGGGUGGGAGGGUGUUGCGGAGGCUGCGGCGAGCGAGUUCAUGAGGCCUUGGAGGUUGCAUCAUGGUGAUGAUGAGCUUUGA